AUGCUAUCUUGCUACGAUGGCAAGACGGUUCCUGAUGCUCAGUAUGGGUUCCACGUGGACAAUCCGUACCUGACAAACAUGGGUGUGCCAGAUGAUGGCAGGAGAUUGACGCUUGUGUACUACAUCGCGGAUGGUCCCUGGGAUGUUGAAAAGGAUGGAGGCGCUCUACAGGUGUGCCUCUCGAACCCCAGGCGGGCACCCAGCUCGACAGCCGAGGCCUUAACGCACGAUCUCUUCACGGUUGCACCCGAGGGGGAUACACUAGUCGCCUUCUUCUCGCAUACCAUGUUCCAUGCAGUGCUUCCUGUAACCGGGACGAAGCCCCGUUUCGCCCUCUCCACAUGGUUCAUGGGCUGCUGA